CCCUCUUGUUCAAUUUUCCUCGCCAAUCUUUCUUUCUUUGAAUUGAUCUCCCUCCUAGUUUGCUAAUCGCACACCAUUUUCACCUCGUUUCAUUUUCUUCCAUCACGAAAUUCGUCCAAGUUCCCUACCCCUGUCAUUCCUGGAGCGAGUUCGACCCCGGGAAGAGCUCCAGCCAUGGCUCUCAUGGCGGCCUUGGAAUCGGACCUUCGGGCUCUAUCGGCCGAAGCUCGUCGCCGUUACCCUGCCGUUAAAGAUGGGGCGGAGCAUGCAAUCAUAAAGCUCCGCAAUUUGUCUAGCCCUAGUGAAAUUGCAGAUAAUGAGGAUAUUCUACGAAUUUUUUUAAUGGCAUGUGAAGUGAAGACUGUAAAACUCAGUGUAAUUGGACUUUCCUGUCUGCAAAAGCUCAUAUCCCAUGAUGCAGUUGCACCAUCAGCUUUGAAGGACAUACUUUCAACAUUGAAAGAUCAUUCCGAGAUGGCAGAUGACAGUGUUCAACUUAGAACCCUGCAGACUCUGUUGAUAUUGUUUCAGUCACGUUUACACCCACAAAAUGAGGAAAAUAUGGCUCAAGCACUAUAUGUAUGUCUUCGGCUUCUUGAGAACAACCGUAGCUCUGAUAGCGUAAGAAACACUGCUGCCGCUACCUUCCGACAGGCAGUAGCAUUGGUGUUUGAUCAAGUAGUUGUUGCUGAGACUCUUCCUGUGGGGAAGUUUUCUUCCGGAGUUCAUCUUUCUCGAUCUAGUUCCGUUACUGUUGAUGUUAAUCGGAGUAUGAACCAUUCAGAGUAUGUCACGCCUUGAAGAAAUCACGCCUGGUUUAUGCAAUAAUUCUGGCAUGUCACCUGGAAAAGACUUAGAAUCUGAGAGAUCAUUAUUGAGGAAAGAGACCCUGACAGAUCCUGGAAAGAUUGGACUUCGCUUACUAGAAGACCUGACAGCUCUUGCUGCAGGUGGAUCUGCAAAUUGGCUGCAAGUUCAUUCACUUCAACGGAUAUUUGCACUUGAUAUACUUGAGUUCAUUCUAUCGACUUAUGUGAGCUUGAAGGAGAAGUUGGGGAACCUUCAUUUCGGCGGUUGGUUCUGCGAUCGGUUUCUCAUAUUAUUAGGUUGUACAGUACAGCACUUGUCACAGAGACAGAGGUUUUCAUUAGCAUGCUCGUGAAGGUUAUCUUUCUUGAUCUACCACUUUGGCAUCGCAUUCUUGUUCUUGAGAUCUUGCGGGGGUUCUGUGUGGAAGCAAGGACUUUGCGGAUCCUAUUCCAGAACUUCGAUAUGCACCCCAAGAACAUUAAUGUUGUGGAGAGUAUGGUUAAAGCACUCGCUCGAGUUGUUUCUAAUGUACAGGCUCAAGAAGCAAGCGAGGAGAGCUUGGCAGCUGUUGCAGGAAUGUUUAGUAGUAAAGCUAAAGGAGUUGAGUGGAGCCUUGAUAAUGAUGCAUCCAAUGCAGCUGUGGUGGUUGCUAGCGAAGCACAUCUAAUAACACUGGCAAUUGAAGGGCUCCUCGGUGUUGUUUUUACAGUGGCUACUCUGACAGAUGAAGCAGUAGACACUGGAGAGCUUGAAUCCCCUAAGUUUGAUCAUGAUCCUGCAUCCAAAUGCGCUGGUCAACUGGCAGUGCUAUGCCUCGCAAUGGUAGACUCAUUCUGGUUGACUAUUCUUGAUGCGUUGUCCCUUAUUUUAUCAAGGUCACAAGGAGAGGCUAUUGUCUUGGAAAUAUUGAAAGGUUACCAGGCAUUCACACAGGCAUGUGGGAUUCUUCAUGCUGUUGAGCCUCUGAACUCUUUUCUUGCAUCGCUUUGUAAAUUCACCAUCAAUGUCCCAAAUGAAGUAGAGAAGAGGAGUUGGAACUGUGGACUUAACUAGCAGUACCUAUCCAGUGCAUUUUCAACAAGGCUGCCACUGGAGAUACUUUCUGAAAGUUGACAGUUCUUAAGGGAAAGUUCUAGCUGCGUCAGAAAACAAGUGGAUAAUUAGAGUUCGAUCGAGUUGAGAGCUUUAUGAUUUUGCCCUUUGCACUUAAUCUAACUGAGCAGUAUUUUUUAAAACUGCUGAUUGAAGCUUGCUUAGCUGGUGCUGGUGAUGCAGUUUCUACGACUUUGCAUCCACUUCCAAGAUUUGGUUGCAUGAAAAUGUUAAAGUUCUGGACUAAAUGGUCAUUUCUACAGUGCAGCACAGUCUCCAGGGUCAAAACGUUCUGAGCAACUAGUUGAACAGAAGGACUCCAUAGUUCUUACUACCAAGAAUGUGCAGGCCUUGAGGACUCUCUUCAACGUUUCUCAUAGAUUGCACAAUUUUUUGGGGCCAUCAUGGGUUUUGGUUUUGGAAACUUUAGCUGCUCUAGACAGAGCAAUCCAUUCACCACAUGCUAGUACACAGGAGGUGUCCGCAACUGUGCCCAAGCUUACAAGAGAAUCUUCUGGCCAAUAUAGUGAUUUCAGCAUUCUUUCUUCUUUGAAUUCUCAGCUGUUUGAGAGCUCAGCAAUGAUGCAUAUAGCUGCUGUUAAAUCACUACUUUCUGCACUGUGCCAAUUGUCAUAUCAAUGCAUGUCCACAGCAACAGUAUCGGGCAGCUUUGGACCAGGAAUCAGUCAAAAAAUAGGAACCAUUAGUUUUGCUGUCGAGAGGAUGCUAUCCAUCGUUUCCAACAAUGUUCACAGAGUUGGACCACUGUGGGGUCAGAUUGCUGGUCACUUCCUGGAGCUUGCUGAUACCCCUAAUCAACAUUUACGAGCCAUGGCACUUGAUGCAUUAGAUCGCUCAAUGACUGCAAUUUUAGGUUCUGAAAGCUUCCAUGAUUAUGUGUCAUCCAGAUCCAAUGGGCCACCAGAUAUGACGAGCAAUACAGAGCUGAAAACACUCGAGUGUUCCAUCAUAUCUCCCAUUAGGGUUCUCUAUUUUUCCUCUCAAAGCGUUGAUGUUCGUACUGGAUCGUUAAAGAUUCUUCUGAAUGUUUUGGAGAGACAUGGUGAAAAGUUAUACUACAGUUGGCCAGAUAUUUUAGAACUGCUGAGGCGCAUUGCUGAUUCACCAGAGAAAGAUCUUAUAUCCCUGGGCUUUAAGAGUCUCCGUGUUAUAAUGAAUGAUGCGAUUACCUCUAUACCUGUAGAGUGCCUUAACGUAUGCAUUGAUGUCAGUGGAGCAUACAGUGGACAGAAGACAGCGCUUAAUAUAAGUUUGACAGCAGUAGGCCUCUUGUGGACGACAGCUGAUUUUAUUGCUAAGGCAGUUCCAAAUAGGCCACCACAAGACAAGCAAACAAGUACUUCAGGCAUGCAUUCUGACCAGAAUCCUAUUAAGGGAAAAUCAAAAGAAGAAGAGACUCCUCCAUCACCUAAUUCAUUCACUGAUGAGCCCCCUUCAGAACAUGUCAUGGACUGCGACCAAUUGCUCUUCUCUGUUUUCUCUUUACUACAGAGGCUGGGAGCUGACGAAAGGCCGGAGGUUAGAAAUGCAGCUGUCAGGACACUUUUUCAAACUCUAGGGAGUCAUGGGCAAAAGCUUUCAAGAAGAAUGUGGGAAGACUGUCUCUGGAAUUACAUCUUCCCUGCUUUGGAUCGUGCAUCUCACAUGGUAGCUACUUCCUCGAAAGAUGAAUGGCAGGGCAAAGAACUAGGAACUCGGGGAGGGAAAGCUGUUCAUAUGUUGAUUCAUCACAGUCGGAACACUGCUCAAAAGCAGUGGGAUGAAACACUUGUUCUAGUCCUCGGUGGAAUAGCACGUUUGCUACGUUCGUUCUUUCCAUUUCUCAGUGGCCUGAAAAACUUUUGGGCAGGGUGGGAGUCGUUGAUUUUGUUUGUAAAGAAUAGCACUUUAAGUAGCAGCAAAGAGGUUGCCAUUGCUGCAAUAAAUUGUCUUCAGACAACUGUUAUUUCUCAUGCUCACAAGGGAAAUCUGCCAAUGUCUUACCUUGUCUCGAUACUUGAAGUUUACGAGUAUGUUAUGCAAAGACCAUUAAGCUACGGUGGUAAUGCAACUAGCAAGGUGAAGCAGGAGAUCAUACAUGGUCUGGGAGAACUGUAUGUGCAGGCACAUAAGAUGUUUGAUGAUCACAUGUUCUCUCAGGUGCUUGAUAUCAUAAAGUUGGCUGUUAAGCAAGCACUGAUGACCAAUGAAAACUUUGAAGCUGAAUUUGGGCACAUUCCACCUGUGAUGCGUACUGUCCUGGAAGUCUUACCUUUGCUACGUCCAAGUGAGCAAAUCUCUGGAAUGUGGCUAAUCUUGCUAAGGGAGAUUUUCAAAUACCUUCCUAAGUCCGAUCUUUUACAUGAUGAGGAUGAGGUAGCUAAACAAGCGAGCUUAGGAGAAAAUACUGCAGACAACCUAAUGAAGAGAAAGAAUGAAACCCCGAGUGGAGCUAGUUCUGGCCUCUCAAAACAAGUUGAAUCUCCACCCCAGAGCUCCGGACCAGCUGCGGCUGUCAUUUCAAAUUAUUCUUUUGCAGAGAAGCUAGUCCCUGUGCUAGUUGAACUCUUGCUUCAAGCUCCGACUGUUGAGAAGUAUAUCAUUUUCCCGGAAAUAAUUCAAAGCCUUGGAAGAUGCAUGACGACAAGAAGAGAUAAUCCAGACGGUUCACUCUGGCGGGCUGCUGUUGAAGGCUUCAAUCGCAUCCUCAUCGAUGACGUCUGCAAAGACGGUGAGCCUGAUUCAGAAGUUAGCCGGCCUGCCAGACUACGUGUGUGGAAGGAAGUUGCCGACGUGUAUGAAAUAUUCCUGUUGGGUUACUGUGGGCGUGCCAUUCCCACCACCUCUGUCUCACCCAUAGCACUUGAAGCAGACGAGGCGCUCGAGAUGGCCUUCUUGAAAGUUCUAGGCGACAAGAUUCUUAAAUUGCAGACUGAUGCCCCUGUCGAUAUUCUACAACGACUAGUUUCCACGAUGGAUGGCUGUGCAUCACGAACGUGCUCUUUGCCGGUUGAGACAGUCGAGCUUAUGCCGCCCCACUGUAGCAGAUUUUCCAUGCAUUGCUUGCAGAAGGUAUUUGCAUUGAGCAGUUGUGACAAUGAAAUGACGAGUUGGAACUCUACGAGAUCUGAAGUGAGCAAAAUUGCGAUCACACUCCUUCUAAGCCGAUGCCACUACAUAUUCAACAGAUUUCUAGUUGAUGAAAAACACUUGGGUGAUCGUCCGCUGCCAAGAACUAGGCUGGAAGAGAUCAAGUACGUGCUUCAAGAGCUUGCAUGUCUCGAAAUCCAUCCCGAAACAGCAACUGUCCUUCCUUUACAUCCUUAUUUGAGAGAUGGCUUGGCGGACAAGGAAGAACAGAAGAGGCGUCCGCAUUUGCUCGUUCUGUUCCCAUCAUUGUGUGAGCUCAUAAUGACACGGGAAGCGAAAGUGCGAGACUGUGUUCAAGUUCUGCUGAGACUCGUGUCCAAAGAACUUGGGCUUGAAAAGGAGGAUCAGCGGUCAACUCAUAUCUGAAGAAGAGAUUCUUGGAGCAUUAUCUUUCUCUGUAUCUAUAUGCAAAACAACGGGAGGACCAGGUUUUCGCGAUCCUGAAAAUUUCAUUUCGGUGUCUGUUGUACUUUUUAUUGUUUUGGUUACCAUUUUUCCUACUUGUAGACAGAGAGCAGAGCGAGCUUCGACCGAUUGGUAGGGUUCUAUUUACGUAUAGCAAUAGCUUAGGCAAGAACUGUACCCGAUUGAGGUUUCCGUUUUUCUUCUUAUCUGGUGUUUGCAAUACUGCUGCUUCCGUUGAUUCAAUUAUAGGCUCGUCCUAGGGUAGGCUGGAUAACCAUUAGCUAUGCAUUUAUUUAUAAUUAAAUUUGGUUCUUUGGUUUUGAGUGGGAUAAGAUCUAAGAGUUGAGAUUAAAAGAUUUUUUAUUUUAUUUUUCACUUUU